AUGAUAUUAACGUUUAGAGAAACGAGUUCAUUUUCUGCCAAUUCUUUACGUCUUGGUUUAUUACUUUCCGAUGAUCUCUCUUUCCAAUCAGCAAAUUCUUUUCGCCUUUACAGUCAGGGAAAUGUUCGUGAGGCUUACAACAUAACAUCUACAAUUAUGCAUGAAUUUGGUUAUUAUAGCAAAUGUUUUCUCGUUCAUAUUGGCUGUUUGGUCCAUUUAAGCAAAACUAGUGAACUUUACCAACUUGGACAUUCAAUGGUUAAACUUCAACCUGAACGAGAAAUUACUUGGUACACUGUUGGUUGUUAUUAUUAUGCUACAGGACAAUAUACAACUGCAAAAAAGUUUUUGAACAAAUGCACAACAAUGAAUUCAGGUUUUGGAGAGGGAUGGAUAGCCUAUGGACACACUUUGUUCUAUAUUGACGAGCAUGAACAGGCUAUGAACAGCUAUCUUCGGGCUUCACGAAUUCUUGAAGGACAUUUUGAACCACUUUUGUAUAUUGCUGUAGAAUAUUGUUUUGGAAACAAUUUUAAAUUGGCCAACGAUUUUUUACAUGAUGCAGAAAUGGUUGCUGGUUCAAAUGCUAUUGUAUUACAUGAACAGGCUACUGCAGCCUUUGUGGAACACAAUUAUAAAAAAGCUGAACAAAUUUUUAUGGAAGCAUUGAGACUAAUAACAAAUAAAAAUAAUGUUGAUUCUUUACAAGAUUUAUUGGAUUAUGAAAUCAGCGAUUUUUGGGAGCCUCUAUUUAACAAUCUUGGCCAUACUUUACGAAAGUUGGGAAAAUAUUCACAAGCUAUUUCUAAAAUCGCUUGUUCUCGGAACUUCCAAAGUCGAUGCUUGGGCUUGUAUUGGCAUUUGUUAUGCAUCAAUGGUUUCAAAAUUGAAUGAAACUGGAGGCGCUACUCCCUCAUAUAUUUUAAGCACCAGUUUUUCCAAAUAUAUUG